AUGUGUGUAAGAGUACGUGAAGCGCACUCGACUCGUUACGAGCCGAAAGAAGUCUUGAUCAGGGAAAAAGGGUCGCAUCCGGCCGCUACAGUCCUCCGGACAAAAAACGCCCGAUUUCAUUCGUAUGAAGAGUAUGUAGAGAAGGGCACAAAAGCUGUGUGCAAUCUGGCGAGUGAUGAGCCGCGGUGUGAGCGCCAAGUCAACAUAAGUAUAGAAAUUAACGCUAUCGGCUGCUGCGGUUGGAAAGUGGCCUACCAAAUUCAAGUGUCUAAAUCGGAGCCAGCUUGGCCUGUGUCAAGGUCAAUAGAAAUAGAAAUGAGCACUGACCCGGGAAAUUUGUUGUAA